AUUAUUAUUCUGCUUUUACAGAUGAGGAAGUUUUGCCACAGAGUGGUUAAUAGCUUGCCCAUUGUCACUCACUAGAAAGUAACCAGAAUUCAAACUUGGACUUUGAGAUCUAGAGCUACACUUGCUGCUGGAAUGGAUGAUUUCUGAGGUUCCUCCCGGGUCUGAAAAUGCUGCAUACAGGCAGCUCAGGACUUUCCUUCUCCAAGAAAGACUCCCAAACAGUUUCCUACCUCCAUCGUGACCAUGAGAAGCCAAGUACAGUGGCAGACUCUGCCAAAGCCACAGAGUGACUCCCCACGAAAUUGGCCAGGCGACCACCAGCACCACCACCACACAGAGCGUUUUCAGCCCUUGACUGGUUCCUCUGUGUGAAAAGGGGCCUUGAGAGCCUUGACCCAGUGACUUUCAGAUGCGGAGGAAAACAGACGCUUGAUGCUGGUCCAACGUAAACAGGGCCAAGAGAACCUUUCACAAGCAAGGACUCGGUUAAGGAGCGAUGGCUCCAGCAGAACGAUUUAGGUGACUUGGCGCCACUCCCGGGCUGAUGCAGUGUUGGGAACUGUGAGCUCCAAGAGCAUCAUCUAGGUUCCAGACACUGCUUUAGGUGAUGGGGACUCAGCAAUGAAUGCAAUUGACUGCCCUUCUGGAGCUUACAUUUUAGGAGGAAAGACAGAUAAUAAAAUAAUGAAACAAGACCUGGCUUAUGUUUUUAAAGGGCUGCAUUGAUGAAAAUACACCAUAGAGGCCUCUUAUGUAUAAUAUCAUUUUCUCUUAACUUAAAAGGAUCUGUCUGUGCUUCCAAAGACUGGACAUAGGUACAGGUAAUGUUUCCUCUCCUUGAUACACGGGGACACAUUCAAUAACUUCCACAGAGGGUAGAAGAAACAGUCUUGCCAUUGAUUCGUUCCUACAGUACAUGCCGUGUCUGUGCACCUAACACUGUGUGGUCAGUGGAACAUUGUCUCCAAAGGAUGUGGUCCCUGCCUGUGAUGGGGAGACAGACACUCCAGCUGAGAACCCCAAUUCAGUGGAACACCUGCUCUGAGGAGGAGUGUCUAUUCAAGGUGCAGUGGUGAGGACCGUACCUGAGGAAGCCAGGGAAGGCUUACCCAGAGAAACAGAGCUGGAGCUGGACCUUGAAGAAUAUGGACCAGUGAGUGAAAUGUACUCGUGUCAGGAGGGGCUUUCCAAGCAGGGAACAGCUCUCCACAAAGGCCAGCAGCCACACAGCACAGCCUGGUGGCCUGUGCCAGUAGCCGUGUUUCAGUCAAGCCGGGAUGUGGAGAAGGAAACAUGGAGUUGUAGAAGGCAGCCAAUUACAGCUGGUGGCCAGAGAGCAAAUCUGAUCCCUAGAGUGAAUAAAAAGGAUACAGAUCCACGUGUUUUAGAAAAACAAGAAUUACAGCAGCCAACCUAUGUUGCCCUCAGUUACAUUAAUAGAUUCAUGACUGACGCUGCCCGCCGGGAGCAGGAGUCCCUCAAGAAGAAGAUCCAGCCGAAGCUCUCGCUGACCUUGUCCAGCUCCGUGUCUCGGGGGAAUGUGUCCACGCCGCCGCGCCACAGCAGUGGAAGCCUUACUCCCCCCGUGACCCCGCCCAUCACGCCCUCCUCUUCAUUCCGCAGCAGCACCCCGACAGGCAGUGAGUACGACGAGGAGGAGGUGGACUACGAGGAGUCGGACAGCGAUGAGUCCUGGACCACAGAGAGCGCCAUCAGCUCCGAGGCCAUCCUCAGCUCCAUGUGCAUGAACGGAGGGGAGGAGAAGCCUUUUGCCUGCCCAGUUCCUGGAUGUAAAAAGAGAUACAAGAAUGUGAAUGGCAUAAAGUACCAUGCUAAGAAUGGCCACAGAACACAGAUUCGUGUCCGCAAACCAUUCAAAUGUCGUUGUGGUAAGAGUUACAAGACAGCUCAGGGCCUGCGGCACCACACAAUCAAUUUCCAUCCCCCGGUGUCGGCUGAGAUUAUCAGGAAGAUGCAGCAAUAACAUGCUGGUCAUAACUGUGCCAAGGAAUCCUCACCAGCAGUUGCUGAUUUUGAAAACAGCCACCUUUUUUCAGGGGAAGCAUUCAGCCACCCUUUAAAGAAGUAAAUGCAUGCUUUAAAUUUUUCUGUAAUUUUGGAAUGAUGUAUCUUUGUAGAGUUAAUGAUUUUGUACAUUUGCACAUGUAAUCAUCAUAUCCAUUUUCAUUACUUUGAUAUAAGGUGCUAAAAAAAAAAAAAAAAAAAGCUCUAGGUUCUCA